GAGACUUGCCGAUAUGUUGCAAGCGGGGUGAAAUCUCGGGUGCUGUCUGAAAGCAAGCUGAGGAGGAACAAACAGCGUGAAGAAGAUUCAAAACGUGCAGUCAGCAGACGGUUCUACUGCAGGAUUUCGUAAGAAGGAAGGCCUUUAACUUUCCACCAGUUUAAGUUCUCCCACAAGAGGAAACACUUGCUUUGUGUUUUGUUGGGGUAACUUGGUGAAAGUUUGACGCAGGCUGCACGGCUCGGAGUAACUCUUCGGAGCAGAAAGUCAAGUCGGUGGUCGACAGUUGGUUCUGCAGGAAUGUCGCAGAAAGAAAGACCCAACUAUUAUCGACAAGAAGUCAACAAGACGAUAUGGGAAGUCCCGGAGCGUUACCAAAGCUUAUCCCCGGUUGGCUCUGGUGCCUACGGAUCCGUCUGCUCCGCAUAUGAUAUGAAGACUGGUUUGAAGAUAGCGGUGAAGAAGCUCUCCAGGCCCUUUCAGUCCAUCAUCCAUGCCAAGAGGACUUACAGAGAGAUGCGGUUACUAAAGCACAUGAAACAUGAAAAUGUGAUUGGCCUCCUAGAUGUGUUCUCCCCCACUCAUAGUCUGAAGGAAUUCACUGAUGUGUAUCUUGUGACUCACCUUAUGGGGGCCGAUCUCAACAACAUAGUGAAAUGUCAGAAACUCACUGAUGACCACGUGCAGUUCCUCAUAUACCAGAUCCUCAGAGGGUUAAAGUACAUCCACUCAGCCGACAUCAUCCACAGAGAUCUGAAGCCUAGUAAUCUGGCAGUGAAUGAAGACUGUGAGCUUAAGAUUUUGGACUUUGGCUUGGCGCGGCACACUGAUGAUGAAAUGACCGGCUAUGUGGCCACUCGCUGGUAUCGUGCCCCAGAGAUCAUGCUGAAUUGGAUGCAUUACAAUAUGACAGUGGAUAUUUGGUCAGUUGGCUGUAUAAUGGCUGAACUCCUCACUGGAAGAACUCUGUUUCCUGGUACUGACCAUAUAAACCAGCUUCAGCAGAUAAUGCGUCUGACAGGAACACCCCCAGCAUCUCUAAUAGGCAAGAUGCCCAGCCGUGAGGCCAGGAACUACAUCAGCUCCCUGCCUAACAUGCACAAGAGGAACUUUGCUGACGUUUUCAUUGGUGCUAACCCACAAGCUGUGGACCUCCUGGAGAAAAUGCUGGUUUUGGACACAGACAAGCGGAUAACAGCAGCCGAGGCUCUGGCUCACUCCUACUUUGCCCAGUACCAUGACCCAGAUGACGAGCCUGAGGCCGAUCCGUACGACCAGAGCUUCGAAAGCCGUGACUUAGAGAUUGAAGAGUGGAAAAGGUUAACCUACGAGGAGGUGUGCAGUUUUGAGCCACCUAUUUUUGACGAGGAUGACAUGGAGUGAUGAGACCCACAUUGACCCCAGCCUCCGACAAUUUGAAACAACCUUGAACGUGUGCAUCGUUGUUAAACUCAGACACAUCGUUACCAGAGUGCCAACCUGCCGUAAUCAGUCUUUAUUAGCCAAGAAAUUAUCGUCCAUGACUAGCUCUUGUUAGGAAAUUAUUACCAGCAUAGACGGAGCAAGAUCUUGACCAAUUCUCAUUAUUCUUACUUAUGAACCACUAAUGUUGUUGGCUCUUUGCUGGGAAUUAUCACUUAUUGCCAAUGGCUGAAAGAAUUUUGUAUUCUUCAGAUUUUUUAGAUUUAGACUUUGAUGCCUCGUCACUGUGACAAUAAGAUGCUGAAACGCCUGGACCUGUAGCUGUGUUAAAUUUUCUAUCGAGUAACUUAUGAAUAAGCUUUUGUUGUCUAGCAAUUGAAAUAGGAAUAUGCUAGUGUACCUCCUACCCUGCCAAGCUUUCACACACACCACUGGGUCACAAGUCGUGUUCCAGUAUUUGAAAAGAGACGACUUUGAAGGGUUUCUUAUUAGUAACAGAAGUAGAUUUAAUGUUUUAAGGUGUUUGACGAUUUGAAAAUAUGGCUGGUCUGUGUAGAGACUGAUCUUUAGGGCUCAGAGUUUCACACAUUUUUAUGUUUAUUUCGAUAUCAUAGAUGCUCUGGAAAACUCUUGUGGUUACACAAAACCUGAGCCUGGUUAAAGGACAGUAUGAUUUAUCAAGACACCCAAAAAGUAGGAAAGAAUAUUCAUGGGCACAGGCUCUGCUCAAAAAUAUGUAAAUAUCUGUGCCAUAUUUUUUAAACCUCUGAAUUACUGUGGUUACAUGUGAAGCAAUCACUUUUAGUGUUGUCCAUAAGUUAAAAGAUUUGCGUGCGUUUGCGAGAGUGUGUUGUCGGUUUACAGGAAUUUUAAGUGUCAUGCUAUAAUCUUUAAUUGAAAUACUGUUAUAUGUGUAAAAGAGGGAUUUCUGAUGUAUUUAUACUUUGUGGAGGUGGUAUUUAUAGACAACAAUCAACCAAUCCCUUCAUUUAUGUUCUGUCCAGCAUACUAACUACUAUCUUCAGUCCUUUGUUUAACAAAAUAAAGACGUAUUUUUAAGACA